AUGACAGAUAAUGGAAGGAAAUUCUCCAAUAGCAUGAUGGAAAAACUAUAUGAAAAAUUCAAGUUCAAGCAAUACAAGUCAUCCAUGUACAACGAAGUUGCGGAUGGCUUAGCAGAAACAUUCAACAAAACAUUGUGCAAUCUUCUGAAGAAAAUUAUCUCCAAGUUGAAGAGGGAUUGGCAAGAAAGGAUCGGUGAAUCAUUAUGGGCUUCUCGAACCACACAUCACACUCUUACAGGGGUUACACCAUAUUCGCUUGUUUACGGUGUAGAGGCAGUCCUUUUCCUCAAAAGAGAAAUCUCAUCAACAAGAAUGGCAGUGCAAGAGGGGUUGACUACUGAAGACAAUGUCAAGUUACGUCUUCAAGAGUUAGAAGCACUAGAUGAAAAGCGAUUAGAAGCUUAG